AAAUUAGUCAGAAAGAAAACCGUGCGGCAAAACCCCGACCCCGCCACUGUUACGCGUUCACGCUCUCCCUCCUCCCGCUUUACCCCUCGCCUUCCUACCACUCUCACUCUAUAUGUUCAUGGUUUUCGCCUUCAAUUCGUUCGCUCUAUGGCCAUGGAAUUGGAAUCUGCUCCCUUUCUUUCUCUCCAAAACUCUUCAAGAAAGCUUGUGAGUUGUGUGCCUGCUUUUUGUUGAUUUUUCCGAUUCCUUAUUUGUUGCUUGUGAUAAUUGAGUGGGGACGUAGAUCAUGCCUCUUCCAUGGAAGAAGUCCAAGUGCAAGAGAAUCUCCAAGUUCGUGGCGGAUCACCUCCACUCGCCGCCGAAGCGCGGCGGAUCGCUGGUGGUGGAGACCGGCUUCCCGACCUCCCUCGUCGAUCUCUUCGUUAAGAACCGCAACCGCAUGAAAAAGCCCUCCAAGAAGAAGAGAUUCGAGCCAGUUCCCGAUCCUGUUCCGGUUCCAAUUUCAAUCCCCGUGCCCUUAGAUGCCGCGCCAUGGAAUUCUAGAUUGGCUUUACCAACUGGUCCUGUUUUGGCUGAGCAGAGUGGCGUGGUUGCCAAUGGCGGCGGCGAAGUGAUGGACGUGAAUGGGAGUUCGAUGGUCAGUUUCAAGAUGGUUUUGGUAGUGAUUUUGGCUUUGGGAGCAAGUAAGUUUGUGAUUGGGUUCACAGUCUCAGCUUUCUUACUGGUAUUCCUAGAGUACGUGGCGAAGCAUUUGUAUAGGGUUCUGAAACCGUGUGAUGAUGCGCAGAAGUCAUUGAAAUCUCUGGUUCACACAGUUUUUUGCUUUGUUGGAGUCAAAGUUGACAAGUUUGUAAUCAAAGAAGAUAGGAGCUUGACGGUGGAUUCUUCUGGGUUGAUUGAGGAUCGCAGUGUUGACGAUCCCAUUCAUGAAAUUCAAAUUCAUCGAUCUAGUUCGAUUUCAGUUCCCUCCUCUGGGGAGAUUCAAAGUAUGGAAUAUGAAUUCGAUUUUCAUAGUGAGGUAAGUGAAGAAAUGAGAAAACAAGAUGCUAUGGAGAAGGAAGAAGUAUGCGUCAGUGAUGUUGUCGAUCUUAAAAGUCGAAAAACUGAUGGUGCUAAGAUUAAGUCAAAGAUCGAGAAGCUUCUGCCCAAGAAGCUUCUUGGUUCAAAGAGAAAACGAUUGGAAUCGAAAACUGAAGCAGCUCCUCCCGGUGGAGACAAUAAAUUAGUUAUGCGUACAGAGCAAGAAAGCUUAGAGGAAGAAGGGCAAGGGGGAUUGGAGCAUGUUGAAAAAUCAACUUCAUCAACUGAAAGGAAUGGCGAUCACAUUGAUGUUGCAGAUGGAAUUUGCAGUUCCAGUGAAGUUUCUCGCCCAGCGGGAGAAGAUAGCAUAGUUAGGGAAGACAUUGGAAUCAAAACAGAGAGGAAAUUGGGGCAUAUUGUUCUGAUUUUACUUGUGCUCACUGGACUCGUAGGAGGUCGGGUUUUGGCCCUUGCACUCACCUUAUCAUGGUGUCUCCUCUGGAGAUUGACUGGAACUCUAUCCAAAUUUACAAAAGGUUAUACUGAAGAAGUCUCAAUAUCUAGUAGAAAUCUGGGGAGCAUAUGUCUAUAGAUGCUUUUCUCUUCCAUAUUCAUGGUGUUUUUUUGCUAGUGUUUUUAACUUACAAAAAAAAGUGUUUUUUUAAGCCUCAUUCUGUAUUAUGAGAGCUUACUAUCAUAGAAGGUUCAACUUUUGGUUGACAAUUGUACACAGGGGAUUGUAUGAACUGUAAAGUAACUUAUACAAGUUGUCCUUUAUGGUA